UUUUUAACGAAGAAGGACGACAUAGCGAUAUCUGAAGAAACUAGGGUUUGUUGAAGUUAGUGUUAUUGACGCUUACUUCCUAUCGCGACCACAAUGAUUUACGACGUAAACUCCCCCCUGUUCAGAUCCUUCCUCAGCCAGAAAGGCGGAGCAGCUGAUAAGAGGAAAACCGAAGAGCAAAAGCCCAAGGAGCAGAGGCCAAAAGCCAAUGAGAACAAGCCUGUAAUGACCGAGUGACAGGAUUAGUAGCACAGAUAAUGUAGACAUGACUGUAUCAGGGAUCUGUGCCUUUUAUAGAGAUCAAUAUGUAGGAUGUGGAGACAAUUUGAACUUUGUUCAAGUAAGUUCUGUUCUUGAUAUGGUAAAGAAUCGGUAUGAUUAUGAUUGAACAAUCUGGGGGAAACCCUGUUUUGGAACUUGUAAUUGACUUCCUCCGAUUGAUG